GGCAGUGGUAACUGACGUUUCACUGGAACUGACUAGAGUUUUCUUUCAUUUUUGCUUUCCUCAGCAAGCUCCUCCCACAGCAGUUUCCAGUAACAGAAUGCCUGAAACACAAUGUUCGAUGAUGUUAGGGGAAGAAGGAAGUUAAAAUAUAAUAUAACAACACGCUUUUGUGUAACGUAUAUGAGGAACAGGUUAAUCUGAAGAAGAAGGGGUGAGAAAAUGGCAACAUUCGGAAAAGAGCAAUUUGUGCAAAGUCUGCUUGUCACAUUUCUUCUGAUAAUUUCAGUUUUUGGAUAUCUGCCUGCCCCUCAGAAUGUAAGAAUCAGAUCAAUUAAUCUCAAUAGUUGGUUGCUGUGGGACCCAGUUUUCUACAAUGGCAAAAAUGUGACCUACACAGUUAAUUAUACCAGCACUGCCAGAGAAGUGUCUAAUGAGCUGGGAAAGGAUAUUCGAGUAAAUGAAUUCAGCUUAUCUGGGCUUACUGUGUAUGGAACUUUUAUAUUGCGUGUAAGAGCAGAACAUGCUGGUGAAAAAUCAGAAUGGACAUCAACGCCACCAUUUUAUGCUCUGCAAAACACAACAUUUGCACCACCGGCAGGACUGACUGUGAUAUCCAGCUCAGGAAUCUUGGCUAUCAGUGUUGGAACAGAUGAGCAUAAUGACUUGCUUGGCUAUUUUAGUAGCCUAGUAUACCAAAUUACAUACUGGGAAAACUCAUCUCAUCCAGAGGUGAAAGAGGCUAUUGCUGAAUAUACCUAUCAUGAACUUUCUGAUCUCAAGUUCUGGACCACAUACUGUCUCCAGGUUAGGAUUUUAAUCAGAGACUCCAAUAAAAUGGGACAGCCCAGUGACAUUAUAUGUAAGAUGACAACAGAUGAUGGUAAAACUUCUGCCUUGAUGAUUAUAGUCAUACUAUUCAUUUCUAUAGCAGUUGUUUCCUUUUUGACGAUUACAGUCUUUUUCAGUGGGUUUUAUAUUUACAAAACAACCAGAUUUGUUUUCUUCCCUAAAUAUACUUUCCCAGAACACUUAAAAGAGUAUUUAAAUGGACCUGUCAGUACUGCAGCUUCAUGUCUGACUACUCAGGUGAGCAAUAACACUGAUGAUCACUGCGACAAGCUUAGCAUUAUUUCUGGGGAGUCGGGAAAUGGCAGUCGAGACAGUGCCGACAUAAGCACUAGGCUGAUGGAGUUUGAUGAGCUUUGUAAUGAAACUUCAUCUAAUGCCGAGGAGACAUAUCCAGCUCUAAGUGUCUUAAUCCUGAAAGAUAAUUCAGCAAACAGAAGUGAAACCCAGUGAGACAAAAAUGGAGAAAGUCAAAGAUGGACAGACCUUUCUAUGUAAGCACAUGCAAAAGCAACUUGCUAGAAGACUGCUGUAAUUAAAUAAGUUUAAAUUCCACCAUAAUUGAUUCUCAUUUUGGAGAGAAUUCUCGCAGUGUGGAACCCUUGAAGCCUUUGUCACUGUGGUGACAGGUAAAAGCAAAAGGAAUUGGCCUAGACAUUUCAUGUGUAUUAAAUGUGUCUCAGACUGAUCCUGGCACUCAAGUGCAUCUAGAACCAAGACCUAGUUUUCCUAACUCGAGAGACUCAAGGGAACAGUGCAUCUUAGUUUUUACCAGUACUUCAAGUACCACAGAACAAUUUUUCCAAAGUUUCAUAUAUUUUCCCUACCUUGUAAGUUCUGCUGUCAUUAAAAUCUGUCCCAGGGCAUUGCUCACUGCUGUUUCUAUGACCUGAUGCAACUGUACAUUUGUUUUAAAUAUAUUAGAACUAAACUACUCAUAUACAUCAGUCCUGCUAGCUCCAAGUAAAAAAUAUAUGUGUGGAUAGCAGCAGCCUCAUAUUCCACAAAACUUUAUCUCCAUAUGCACUUUGAAACUCUAUCAGUGAUUCUUUUACUUAAUGUCAGCUUAUUGAUAGGCUUAAGUCAUGAAAUGUCUAAAAAUAAAGAUGGCAAAUUUAUUUUUGCGGAGCAUACCUGAACUCUUGUAAGCUGCUCCAGAGAAAUCCUAGUAAAUUUAGAUCAGUCACAGAGGACAGCAGUGGGACACUCAAUUGUUCACAGAGUGAUGUUAUGGCCUAUGCAUGUAGUUUAGUUUGUAGAUACAGAGCCAAAUGACAGGUUGUCGUCAGAAUCACAUGUUUUAUUGGGUUCCAUAGUAUCUGUUGACAAUUGACAUAGUGGAGGAAUACAAUGAGAUUGUCAAACCUAGAUCAAAAUGAUGAUCGACUUGACUCUGAUUUCAGUACGUGCUACCUGUCUUGUAGAAGAAUCUUUUAAUAAGGCCAUGUACAAUUAAAUUUUGCCCCAUGUUCACUACUUUUAGAAUACAACAGCACAGAAGGGAGCCUUCAUGUAAGAAUGUUUGCACUAUUUGUAAUUUGCAUUGUAUGAACAUGCUGCCAGUAGACACCAUUAACAGCAAAAGCAAAGUCAAAUCAUUUUGCUGGUAUGUAGUGCUGUGAAUUUUAUAGAUCCUCUGCAUUCCUGUAACAGUUUAGCCUUCCUCUUAUGCUACAUUUUGAUGAAUACAACAUGAAAACCAGUGUGUUUUCUUUGUGGGAUAGUACCUUUGCUGUCAUUAUUUCAUGGCUACAGUACAAAAUGCUUUUAGUUAUUCUUGUCAACAUAACUUUCAGUAAAAACAUGUAAACUAAAAUAAUGAGCUGCAUUCUUAAAUUAAUUAAAAGUAUGACUGUUUUUAUACCCAGUUUUAAAAACAAAAUUGAUAUAUGUAUGGGUUUUAAGAAAUUCACACAUAGCAAAACGGUGGGCUUCCUAAAAGUCAAUCGGCUAUAAGCUUGAUAAUAUAACCUAUGAACCUGUCUAGGCUGCUGGUAGCAUGGCGGGACUACAGACCAUAAGCAUGUCUAUUUUAUACUUGAUUUAAUAAUUUGUGUUUAUUAUUGUUUUCAUAUUCUGCAUUAAGACACAAUGAGCACUGGAAAGGAAUUGUUCAGCAACAUUUUACCAUGAACUAAAGCUGAAAAUGUGUUUAUUCAUAGGUGGCAAAGUAGACAAACAAUACUUCUGAUUUGUUUUCUGUUAUAUGAUUAAAACAUUUGAAUAAAACCAUUUCUGUA